UUGGAUCCAAUUGCGUCCGCCGCCGCCUCCCGAGAGAAGAAGGUCCAGUUCAAGUUCGAAGAAGAAGUGGAGGCCUUCUACAGCGACGGCUGGUGGGAAGGGGCUAUUAUUGCGGAGCACUCCGGCGGGAAAUUCGCGGUGUUCCUCAGAGGCUUUGAGGAGCAGAUUGUGUUUGAAGAGAAAGAUUUGAGGUUGCCUGUUCAGUGGGUUAAAGGGAAGGGGAGCCGCGAUUCGAACAGAGAAGACAUUCGUGCUUGCAACAUAAGGCCUUGUCCGCCGGAGAUCAUUGUUGUGGAUGGAUUCAAGGUGUGGGAUGAAGUAGAUGCUUACUACAACGAGGGCUGGUGGGUUGGCGUGAUUGCAAAGAGGAAGAGGAAAGGGUCCCCGAUUUGGAUCUCUAGCCUGUGCCCGCGGUGA